AUGUUAUCAUCGAAAAUUGUUAGAAAUAGAGUACUAAGAACAGUUCCGAGCUUUCGCUUGACUCAAACAUAUUUGCCAGUGACAACACAAUGUUUAACUCAAUUGCAAUACAAACAGCCAACCAGUCAGCAGGUCCAGAUGUUGGCCACAUCCCAAGCUCACCGCAGUAAUAACGUGGGACGCUUGCACCAAGUUAGAGAAUUCCAUUCAUCCACACCAAGAUCAUUGCAGAUGCAACAAAAUCCAGAUGACCAAGACAAUAGGCCAGCAUUGGAGAAAUAUGGUACUGAUUUGACCCAACUAGCAAAAGACGGUAAAUUGGACCCAGUUCUUGGUCGUGAUGAAGAGAUUCGUCGUACGAUACAGAUAUUGUCAAGAAGAACAAAAAAUAAUCCCAUUUUGGUUGGUAAGGCCGGUGUUGGUAAAACAGCUAUCAUGGAAGGUUUAGCUCAACGUAUCAUUAAAGGAGAAGUUCCCGAAUCAAUGAAAGAUAAACAUAUCAUCACAUUGGAUUUAGCAGGAAUUAUUAGUGGUGCCAAAUUUAGAGGAGAUUUCGAGAGCAAAUUGAAGUCAAUUUUGAAGGAAGUUGAAGACAAGCACGGACAAGUGAUUUUAUUCAUUGAUGAAUUCCAUUUGUUGAUGGGAUUGGGUAAGGCUGAAGGAUCUAUUGAUGCUAGCAAUAUGAUCAAGCCGGCAUUGGCCAGGGGCCAAUUGUCAAUGUGUGGGGCCACUACUCUUGAUGAGUAUAGGAAAUACGUUGAAAAAGAUGCUGCUUUGGCCAGAAGAUUUUCUCCAGUCCAAGUUAGCGAACCUACUGUUGAGGACACCAUAUCUAUUUUGAGAGGAUUGAAGGAGAAAUAUGAAGUUCAUCACGGUGUCAGAAUUUUAGAUUCAGCAUUGGUUACGGCAGCAACCUACUCCAAUAGGUAUAUCACAGACAGAUUCUUACCUGACAAAGCUAUCGACUUGGUAGACGAAGCCAGUUCUACGUUGAGGUUGCAACACGAAUCGAGACCUGAUGCCAUUGCCAAGUUGGAUCGUCAAAUCAUGACCAUUGAGAUAGAGUUGGAGUCCUUGAGGAAAGAAGAAGACCAACUUUCCAAGGAUAGAAGAAUUAAGUUGGAGGAAGAUUUGGAAGUUAAGAAAAAAGACCUUGAGGAGUUAACCAAACAAUGGGAGUCCGAAAAGAAGGUGAUUGAUGAUGUGAAGGAGGCCAAAUCAAAGUUAGAAGAGGCUAGACACGAGUUGGAACAAACUCAGAGGGAUGGGGACUAUGCCGCGGCCUCGAGAAUACAAUACGCUGUGAUACCCGAAUUACAAUCGAAAUUGCUCAAAUUGACUCAGUCAGAACAAGCUUCAAGGUCAAGUACUCUUUUGCAUGAUUCAGUCACAUCUGAUGAUAUUGCUGGUGUUAUUUCCAAAAUGACUGGUAUUCCUGUUAGUAACUUAUUGAGAGGUGACAGGGAUAAACUUUUGGAUAUGGAAGUGAUCUUGAAACAAGAAGUAGUUGGUCAAGAUGAAGCUAUUCAUGCGGUUUCAGACGCAGUCAGGUUGCAACGCGCCGGUUUGACAAAUGAAAACAGGCCCAUUGCUUCCUUCAUGUUUCUCGGUCCAACUGGUUGUGGUAAGACUGCGUUGACGAAAGCAUUAGCAGAAUUCCUUUUCAAUGAUGAAAAUGCCAUCGUGAGGUUUGAUAUGUCAGAGUUUCAAGAAAAGCAUUCAAUUCUGAGAUUGCUUUCUGCACCACCUGGUUAUGUUGGUUAUGAAGAGGGAGGUGAGUUGACCGAAGCAGUUAGAAGAAAACCAUACAGUAUAGUUUUGUUUGAUGAAUUUGAAAAGGCGCAUCCCGAUAUUGCCAAAGUCUUGUUGCAAGUAUUGGAUGAAGGAUCCUUGACCGAUUCACACGGUACGAAAGUUAGUUUUAAAAACACAAUCAUUAUAAUGACUUCCAAUAUUGGUCAAGACAUUUUGUUGAAUGACAAGAAUACCCACGAAGAUGGUCAUAUUAAUAAAGAAGUUAAACAACAAGUUUUGGAAAACUUGAAACAUUACUAUCCACCAGAAUUCUUGAAUCGUUUGGACGACACAUUGGUGUUUAACAGAUUAUCGAAGAAGUCAUUGAAGGAUAUCUUGGACAUUAGAUUGCGUGAGAUUGAUGAUCGUUUAUUGGACAAGCGUAUUGUUUUGGAAUUGACCCAACCAGCAAAGGAUGCAUUGAUUGAACAAGGAUACAGUCCCAUUUAUGGAGCAAGACCUUUGAACAGAGUUAUUCAAAAGAAGUUGUUGAAUCCUCUUGCCAUGCUUAUGUUGAAGGGCCAGAUACAGGAAGGCGAGGUUGCCAAGGUUGAAGUCAGACAUAAAGAUAUCUAUGUUGUACCUAAUCACAGUGAAGAGUCUGUUAUAAAAGAAGAGGAAGAUUAUUAUAAGAAAAAGGAGAAGGAUCAAUAG